AUGCCAUCUGAGGUUGAAAGAGUGGUAGAAAAAGAUGCGGAUGAGAUUGAGUUUACUGGAGAGUCAAAAGAUGCCACAGAAAAGGAAGCUGAGGUGACCCAAAAAGUUGUUCCCAUGCCUAGACCUCCACCUCCCUUUCCACAAAGGUUGGUGAAAAAGACUGAAGAAGGAAAAUACCGCAGGUUUAUAGCAAUGUUGAAACAACUUUCCAUUAAUGUUCCGUUGAUAUAUGCUUUGGAGAAAAUGACUAGGUAUGCAAAAUUCAUGGACUUGGUGACCAAAAAGAGGGCUGUCAAUUUUGAGAAUGAUGAGAGGUUUCAACAUUGUAAUGCUAUCGCUACUAGGUCACUUGUGCAAAAGAAAGUGGAUCCUGAAGCAUUCACUAUCCCCUGUACCAUUGGUAUGUUGUAUUUUGCAAAGGCCUUGUGUGAUUUGGGUGCCAACAUUAAUUUGAUGCCAUUGUCGAUUUACAAGAACUUAGGUUUAGGAGCUCCAAAACCGACUGUGAUGCGUUUAAUUAUGGCUGAUAGAACUGUGAAGAGGUCCAUUAGAGUGUUGCAAGAUGUCCUUAUGAAAUUAGAGUCAUUUAUCUUUCCGUCGGACUUUGUUAUCUUAGAUUGUGAGGUUGAUUUUGAGGUUUCCAUCAUCUUAGGGAGACCAUUUCUUACUACUGGGAAUGCGUUGGUUGAUAUGGAGAGAGGGCAGAUGAAAUUCUGA